CCCACGUGACAGUCCUCUGAAACAAUAUGGCUGCCGCGGAGGGAAUCGUAGCGUGUGCUGCCGGCCACAGUUUAAGUUCAGGCUCAGCUGACUCACUUAAAAAUGCUUCGGAAUCGCCGUCGGAAGAUAACCCUGAUCUACGGAGUGUCUUGGUUACAAGUAUUUUAAACCUGGAGAAACUCGACACAGACCUACAUAGAGGUACACACCACUGGGUACCCCGUAGUCAGCGAUUGUUUGGGGGCCAGAUAGUAGGCCAAGCGCUUGUCGCCGCUGCCAAGUCCGUCAGUGACGAUGUCUUUGCACACUCUCUACACUGCUACUUUGUCCGAGCAGGAGACCCCAAAGUUCCAGUUCUGUAUCAGGUAGAUAGGACAAGGGAUGGGAAGAGUUUUUCCGUUCGCUCUGUGAAGGCCAUUCAGCAUGGUCAGCCUAUUCUGACAUGCCAAGCGUCUUUCCACACGCAACAGCCCAGCCCUCUGCAACAUCAAUUCACUAUGCCUAAUGUGCCCCCUCCUGAAGAACUACUGACAUUUGAAGAGCUCAUCCACCGAUACCUGAGUAAUCCAGAUUUGGCUGAGAAUGCCAAACUGGGACUUAACAAAAUUUUGGCUGAUGAGGUUCCCAUUGAGAUUAAGCCAGUGAACCCACCUGAUUUCUACAAACGUGUCGCCAUGGAGCCAAAGAAACUAUUCUGGGUUCGAGCCAAAGGAUAUAUUGGCGAAGGAAGCAUGAAACUGCAUUGUUGUGUGGCUGCCUACGUGUCCGACUACGCUUUCCUUGGGACGGCAUUGUUGCCUUACCCAGACUAUCGAGUUCAGUUCUUGGCCUCCCUUGAUCACGCAAUGUGGUUCCACAAUACCUUUCGUGCGGAUCACUGGAUGUUAUAUGAAUGCGAGAGUCCCUGGGCAGGGGGCAGCAGAGGGUUCGUUCAUGGCCGGCUCUGGAGGCGCGAUGGAGUGCUAGCCGCCUCUUGUACCCAGGAAGGAGUGCUGAGGGUCAGAGCUGUGGCACAGAGUAAUCUGUAGAUAUAAAUGCGGUGUGUUUUCUCAAAUCUGCAGAGCCCCAGCGGCAGACGAUAUGAUUUUGAAGUUGCUUUUCCGGCCAGAAGCAAACUCCAGACUUCUGUUUUUCACAUUCAAGUAAGCCAAAUCCUGUGGAAUACAGUUUAGAAUCAUUUUUAAAUAUUUCUAUUAAAGCCCAGUUAAUAGAGGUGAAACAUUUGUCUGUACCAGUUUAAACCCCAGAGAUAAUCACACCCUACCCCUGAAUUAUAAAACUGAUAGUUUUAAAUGAACUUUCAUUAAACAGUAUCAUUGAGUUAGUUUUGAUCUGUAACCCAUAAAUACAACCAGUACUUUUACAGAUAAACUUCAGAUGACUAUUUACUGAAUAAGACAAUCCAAGGUGUUACCUGGAUGUCAUCUUUGGGUGGGCAUUUAGAUUAUUUGUCUGGCCAAUAACAAAAAAUUAGCCUUUUCUAAAUAUAGUGUGUAAACGAGCAUUGUUUAGUUUUCAGAAGGGGGGAGAACAAAAGAAAUACAAUUACAGAAUGCAAUUUUUAUGGGUGGGUGUGGCCAUUAACCUGUGGAAAACAAAAAAAGUAAUUGUUCUAUCCUAGACAGAGUUUAAUGUCUAGGCUCAAUAUGAUUAGCAUAUGCAUUGAAACUUUUCUUUAAAAUUAUUUUUCAUUUUUCUGUAUUUUUUUAGGGCUGGGAAUCAAUAUAAAUCAACUAAGUAAACUUCCUUAGCUAAAUUUCACGAAACUGCUAGGCCAGAAAGAAUUAAAUAUUUCUCAAAUUAUCUAAAAAAAUAUCCUCACUGACCCAAUGUUUUGUUAGACACAAUUAACUCUUUAGUUAAUGCUUGUGUGACUCUUGGCCCUGAAACAUUUAUUGAAUUGUGCAAGAGAAAUAGAAAACAUAAUUUUUUCGCUCUGCUAUUGAUGUCUCUCAUCACUUGCAUAUAGGUACUUUUUUUCGCUAUUAACCUGUCACAUUCUCUUGCUUAACAGAUAUAGUCUCACAUGAAACGUACUACAUCUCCCCUUGAUGUAAUCCCUUUGAAACUUUUUAAAGAAAUGUUUGAUAUUUUGCAGAAGUGUUUUAUCUAUUUUUAAUUCCUCACUAUUUCUCAGCAUAGUUCCUUCCUGUUUCAUUCUUCUGAAACCUCUUCUGAAAAAAAUGAAAACUUGAUCAGUUUCAAAGCAGCACUUUUUCCUUUUUCCCGAUGGGGUCCAAUAAAGUAUGUGAUUGAUUGUAUAUAAACAUUGUGUUGGUCUUCAAGGUGCAGCACUAAAUUGGUUUAUUUCUUACCUCAAAGAACGAACCUUUUUAGUUAAUAUUAGUGAGUUAUUUUCCUCUGUGGAUACCAUCAAACAUGGGGUACCCCAGGGGUCUGUGUUGGGGCCUGUCCUUUUUUCUAUAUUGUUUGCGUGCAUUCAGAGAUACCAUUCAGAAGCAUAAUCUGGAUUUUCAUUUGUAUGCUGGUGAUACACAGAUAUAUCUGCCCUUGCACAGGUCUCAUGAUUGUUUGGGUGAAUUCAAAGGUUGGAUGUUUCAAAUUUUUUUACAAUUAAAUGACAGAAUAUCUGAAGUCAUUUGGCCCCCCAAUACUGACUAAAAGCAUUACGGGAAAUCUGGGUGUUGGGACUUAUCUGUGUUAGGCUUUUUGCCAAAUAUCUUGGUGUCAUUUUUGACUCUGAUUUCAAGUUCGAUAAGCAAGACUGCUAAGAAUAUUUUUUUCCAGCUCAGGACAAUUUCAAAAAUAGCCUUACCUUUCUUAUUGUGACAGGGGAAAUGCUUGCACAUACUUUUAUUUAAUCUCCUUUAAAAUACUGUAAUUCUCAGUCAGUCAUGUUUAGCCUGGCUACAGUUAGUCCAAAAUGCUGCUAUGCAGUUUUAAAAUGAUGCAAAGAAGAGGGGAACAUAGCUGCAGUCCUGGCUUCCCUCCAUUGGCUGCCAGUUCAGUACAGAACUCGGUUUAUUACUGGCGAUUUUAUAUACAUAUACUGCAUCAAGAUCACCGAGGUCCUCACACCAGCUUCUUUUCUCCACUCAAAGCGAAGCACUUUGGUCAGCAAGGGCUGUUGUUAAAGUGCUAUGUAAAUAAAGCUGACUUGACUGACUAAUCGUAUCAUUAAUCUUGAUUAAUUGCACCUAAUAUUAAAACUUAUAAUCUUAACUAUUUAUAUGUUGAAUCCCUAAAUUGAUGUAGAAUUAACAGAAGUUGGGGGGCACUUUGAAGACGGAUUCAAAUUAUGCAACUUCAUUGUCUAAUUGUAUACAUUUUGCUACUUGGGAUUGUUAAUCAGUUAUGUCACCAUUUAUUUCCGUAUUAAAAGUAUUUAAUCAAAUUCAGGGCAAGAGUUACUGAAAAAAUGACAAAACCAAUAAAAAACUGAACAAAAAUAUACAUCAUAUCAUACAGAUUGAUUGAUUGAUUAUUGUGGGUCACAUACAAUAAAGUUCAAAGAUUUAAAAACGG